UAUGAGAGUUAAUAAAAUAUGCUCAAUUUUAUAAUACACUUGAUAAAUGAAUAGAAAGAAUGUGGAGUUUUACUUUCACAUUCAAAGUCAUACCAAGAAGUUUCUUUUGCUGAAUAAAUUCAACACUUUGAGAGACAACAACACAAGAAUUUUCCUUGAACAUGUUUGAGACUUUUAAAAGUCUAUAACCAACGUAAUCAUUUUCUGUACAGUAAGUUUCCAAACAUUUUCUGCAACUUCACUUGGUAUAACUGAUUAACUGCUAAACAUUAUAUAAAGAGGACACAGAACUUUGCUCUAUUCACUCUCACUUUCAGGAGUUGCCUUAUUUCAAGCCCAUGAAUAUGGAUCCAAAUCUGUUUGAUGCAAUUAGAAAAAAUGAUAUAGCAACAUUUUCAAGCCUCCUUAAGGAGAAUGAAGGAAUCCUGAAUCAGAAAACAGCUGAUUCCUACAGCACUCCAUUGCACAUUGCUUCCAAGUAUGGUUGCACUGAAAUGGUGUCUGAGAUUAUCAGCAUGUGUCCUGACAUGGUUUGUGUUGAGAAUAAGAAACAUGAGACUCCGAUUCAUGAGGCGUGCCGCCAAGAGAAUGCUAAGGUCUUAAUGUUGCUGCUUGAUGCCAAUCCUAAUGCUGCUUAUAAGCUUUAUGCUUCUUGCAAAAGUCCUUUGUUUCUAGCAUGCAGUCAUGGCCAUCUUGACAUGGUUAACCUCCUCCUGAAUCUACCUGAGUUCGCAGAGCGAAGCACUGCAGAAUUCGAUCAAACUUGUAUCCUUAUAGCAGCAUCAAGAGGACACACAGAUAUUGUUAGGGAGUUGUUGAAUAAGUGGCCUGAGCUUGUUCAAGUGAUUGAUGAAGAUGGGAAUUCAUCACUGCAUCAUGCUUGUAAUGAAGGAUACAGAGAGAUUAUAUGGAUCCUACUAAGGCGUGAUCCGAAUCUGGCUUUACAAUACAACAACAAUGGCUACACACCAUUGCAUCUGGCAGUGAAGAAUGGGAGAGUCUCUGUCCUUGAAGAUUUUGUGUCAACUUGUUCUGCAUCAUUUCUCUAUCUCACCACAGAAGAAGAAACAGUAUUUCAUAUAGCUGUGAGGUACGGGUGCUAUCAUGCUUUGGAAUACUUGGUGAAAGUCUCUAAUGGCACAAAUCUAUUGCACUGUCAAGAUAGAUAUGGCAACAGUGUCUUGCAUCUUGCAGUUUCCGGAGGGCGCCACAAGAUAGCAGAUUUCUUGAUCAGCAAGACAAAGCUGGACAUUAAUACUCGGAACAGCGAAGGGUUCACAGCACUUGACAUCCUUGAGAAGGCUAAGGACACUGCAGUAAAUAGGCAAUUGCAAACCAUAUUUAUCAGAGCCGGAGGUAAAAGAAGCCAAUCUUCCUCUUGCGCGCUCGAAGGAGACAGAACCAAUUUUCUGUCACCUAUAGCUUCUAGGCUUUCCCUCUCAAGAAGGUACAUUUCUAAUGAAUUGCAAAUGUCACAUGAAAUUCUAUCUAUUGAAUGCACAAGCCCACCAGAACUUAGCAAAAGCGCAGACUCUAGAUCGCCUCAGCAGCCUCAAGUAAGCGAGAGAUUUGAUAUUGCUACCUACAAGCCACAAUACUUGUCCCAAAAAUGUUCAGGGAAACAUAAGCAUCAGAGCCAAAAGAAAAUGGAAAAUCUGAAUCAACUUUAUUAUGCUAAAAGGAGUAAGCACAUGGAGAUGCACAAAGAGGCAACACUGAAUGCAAGAAACACCAUCAUUUUAGUUGCUGUUUUGAUUGCAACUGUGACUUUUGCUGCUGGUAUUUCUCCUCCUGGUGGUGUAUACCAAGAAGGACCAAUGAAGGGGAAGUCAAUGGUGAGUAAUACAACAGCUUUUAAGGUAUUUGCAAUAAGCAACGACAUAGCACUAUUCACUUCUCUAUCUAUAGUCAUUGUUCUUGUUAGUAUCAUUCCUUUUAAGAGGAAACCACAUAUGAGACUAUUGAGUAUAGCUCACAAGGUUAUGUGGGUGGCUAUUGCAUUUAUGGCAAGUGGUUAUGUUGCAGCAACAUGGAUGAUCUUGCCACAUAGUGAAGGGAUGCAGUGGCUAUCUGUGAUGCUGAUAGCACUUGGUGGUGGCUCUCUUGGGACAAUCUUCAUUGGUCUUAGUGUGAUGCUGGUUGAACAUUGGCUGAGGAAAUUCAAGUGGAAAAAGACAAGAAAGGAAGGUGCAAACUCUGAUGGAGAAAGUCAAAACUCAGAUGUUGAGAGCUCUUAUUUACAUGGCUAUCAUUCAUAUUGAUUAACUUAAUUUGGUUCAUAAUGAAAAUAAUGUGUCCCCAUCCCUAUAAUAGUGGCCAAUGUGUAUAAAUUCCAGAAAGCUACUUGAUCUUAAUCUAUUGUUAUAUAUAGUAUAUAAUAUAUAUAAUAUAUGGUAUUACAAAGUUGCUUAUUUUGAAUUCAAAAUUGUUUAAAUUAAGAUUUGGUUCAAAGCAGAAUU